UGCGACCCGUGGUACUUCGGCCCUGCCUCAGUGGUAUACCCUGCGCAGGGGAGACCUUACACUCUCCCCUCCGUCAAGCCGGCGCCCGCUCCUACAAACGUAUCUGCCUAGACAGCAACGCUCCCUUUACGUCUCUCUCCCAUCUGUUACUGCGUCGCCGGAGUGAGAUGCCUCCUGGCCCUUCGCUACCUCCAAAGCCUUACCCAGAGUAUGGCUGGACUCAAGGUGAUUCGCGGAGCGACUUCGAGGCAUCGCAGCAUCGUCUAGCUGCUCAGCCGUCGCGGCUACCGGAAUACCCAAACGAGACCUCGUAUACCCAUCAAUAUCAGAGCUACGGCGAAUCAAACCCAUCGUUCCAGAGCUACGAUCCCAGAGCUCACAACGCAUACCAGGAAUCUCAGAAUGGCACAUGGCCUGCCGAUGCGGUGGGCCGCGGAACGUCCGGUAGUUCUACAAUCGGAUACGGCACAGGUCUGUCCGCCAGCAUGGAUACGCUACGGCAAGGGCUGGCCAGUACCGGCUAUGAUGACACCAGGCCUCCCUCCCCACCCCUUCCGACAUCGAAAUGGCACCAACAAGGAGAAGCAGCUGCAAUCAGUCGAGCCAGGAGGUACAAGGAAGAUCUCGAAGGCCAAGAUAAAGAAGGGCGCUUCCAGCCAGCAGCGCCUUCUUCUAAUCUUGUAGGCCCUCCGACAGACACUUCGAGACUAUCAACAGCGGACUACGCGAGCUAUGACCACAGCUCGCGUCCGAUAUCUACGGCAACGGGCAUCAUCAGCUUGUAUGGCGAUGACUGGACACGUGGCAGCAGUAGCGGCUCCUCCCACGAGGAGGAGUCGCGUCCCUUUCAAAGUCACAGGGCGAGCAGGCCGUUACCGGCUCCUCCGGGCUCAUCCGCCGCUGCUCUCUCUGUACCCUACCAAAGUGACGGAGCAUCCACACCAGGAUCCUUUCGAGCGCUUACUCCAUCGUCACAGCAUGCUGCGCCUCAACCCUAUACACUCCAGGAUUCGCCUGCUGCGAGGGGCGACGACUACUUCGAUUCGAGGAUCAUGAGCCAGGGAGCUUCUGCUUCUUCUUCCGCGAACCUUGCCGCAAUGAAAAACGCAGAGGGUCCGCUGUGGAGUCCCACCCUUGCGGAGUCUUCUUUGAUCGAUAGCCCAUCUCUCAGAGGCCCUUCACAGGGUUCCAAUAGCUAUGUCGGCUACCAUCGCCCUCAGUACAGCCUGGGUACGGCUUCAACCCUCAGUGCAGCAAGCGAAGAUGACGGUGGUGCUUUGGGCCAGAACGAUCCAAGAGGGCCCUCGUCGUAUCGUUCGACCCCACACCUUCGUAUCGAUUCCACUGCUUCGGUCCAGUCCUCAAAGAGACGAGCUCCCCUCCCCACACUUCCUUCAUCUUCCUCUCACAGAAGUGAUGUCCGCAACGACUACCCACAGGCAACACAGUCAUCCGCUCCCCAAUACCUCUACGAUCAAUACGACAAUGACUCGCGCCAAUCAAUCGUCUACCCAGACGAAGACGAAAGCGCGACUCCUGUACAGACAACGCCUAACAUCAGCUUGCCGACGACUGCGAGCGUCUCAUCAUCCGCAGAUCAAGUCAGAGCUGAAUGGCUCAGAGCCAAUGGCAUCAGUCAAACAUCGUUCGCUCCUACAAUAGCUCCUUCUGCUGCCAUCGCCGCCGGCUACAGAGAGGAGAAAGUACAGGCUCCUCGGGACCGUCGCUCUAUGCUUCGUAAGGUCAAUUACGCCAUACUGUCGCACCUGGCUGUUCUGCUCAAGGACACAGUGCCGCGAGCUCAUCAGGUAAAAGGCAGCAUCAGCUACCCCUCGAGCUUCACGGGCAAGGACAUCAUCUCGACUUUGCAAAGCGCAAUACCGCGGCAAUUGCUCUUGGCAGCAGCUGGUAUCGAUGAGAGCAUUGAGGAUGAGCCUGAGUCCCAGGCCCAACUACGAAGAGUGGCACUGAGCAUCGCACAAAGUCUCAACAGCCAGCUUUUCUUCCACGAGGUGGAUUGGGGAGCGGGAGUCUUGCAAGAUGGUGUGGAGCAGGUGUACAGCUUCUUGGACAGCUCCAUGGCUAUGAAUGAGGAGGACGAGUUUCCGAGAAGACACAUGGUGAGGCUUCCGUCUGGCAGCGUUGCAGAGACGAAUGGUCUAAACGAUCAAUCGUACGAGUAUGCAACGGAAGGCGAACACAUGCGUAAUCAUCCAGUCUUGUCAAGUGACAUGGAGGAGCUGCCCACAGGUGUCUUCGUGCCCCUCACUGGCUGUUACUCUCCUUUGUGCGGAAGGUCAGAUAGCCCUGCUGGAUCGAAUUGCUACUCCCCAUCAUGUCCGCGUGCCAAGACGAGCGGUCUUCGAAGGGGCCUGACUGUCACAGGGCUCGGGCAUGCUGGUGGCAUUGCCGGCGCCGAUGCUGGAGCCCUACCUGGAAUGGCUGGCGGGCCCGCUCACAAAGCCUGGGCAGAACUUAUGCCAAAGGAAGUCCUCGACAGUCUGCCAAAGAGGGAGGUGACACGGCAGAACGCCAUCCUUGAGCAUAUCCAGAAGGAGGAAGACUUCUUGGCCGACUUGCAGCUGCUGGAGACUCUCUUCAUUAGAGGUCUAGAAAAGCCCAGUCCCACAGGAGACCCUCCCCCGAUACCGAUAGGUCCGGACAGGGACGACUUCAUCCGAGAGGUGUUUGCCAACCAUCGGGAGUUAGUCUGGCAUGUCUCUAGAUUCGUGGAGGCACUCCAUAUCCGGCAAAGAGAGGAGCAGCCAAUCAUCCACAGCAUCGGCGAUCUGUUUCUGGACGCUGCACUCGAAUGGCAGACUGCCUUCGUCACAUAUGUGGCCAACUAUCCUAUUGCAAAGAGCAGGAUUGGACGGGAGCAGAGCAUCAAUCCUCGGUUCAAUCAGUUUAUCGAGACUUGCAGACGAGAUCCUGUCAGUCGCAGGCUGGGUCUGGACAACUUCAUCCAUCGUGCUCUGCCGCACCUUCAACGGCAUCCGCUCCUGCUUCAGACUAUCAUCGACAAGACGGAAGAAGAGAACCCGGAUAGGGAGAGCUGCAUCCGGGCUAAAGAGAUCAUUGUCGAGCAAUGCAAGAUUGCUGACACUGUUAUUCAGGCCGCUCAAGUCAAGGCUCAGAUACGGGGCUUUGCAUACAAUCUUCAGACGAAGCGGAAUAAGGCCGUCGUCGACAUGGACUUGUUGAAUGAAGAGCGUCAGCUGAUCCACGAGGGUAGAGUGUACAGGAAGCCAGACUUUACAGACCUCGAGUGGACAGAAAUGCAGGCGAUCCUCUUCGACAACUUCUUUGCAGUGACAAAGCUCAAGAGCAAGCAAGAGAACGAUCAGUCGACUAACGCGGUCUUUGUACUUGCCAAGCGUCCAAUCGCCGUGGAGCUGCUGGAAGUGUCUGGGUUCAAUGAGCCUUCCGUCUCCUACUCCAUCGGUCUGAAUGCCUUUCAUCUGCGCUCGGAUCGAGAGUCACGAGAUCUCUGGCCUUUCACCAUCCAUCAUGCUGGAGGCAAGAUGGAGCCUCUGACGCUCUAUGCCACCUCGAAGCAACGUCGCAAUGAAUGGCGCACAAAGAUCGACGAGGCAAAGGGACUGAGAAGGGCAGUCGUUGAUGCCAACAAAGCCUUUGAGACUUCCGUCUUGUCCGACUCCAUUUUUGCUCUUCCAGCAAGUUUGGGAGCAGAGACGACCGUCCCUCCCAUGGGUGUCGAUGCAAAUCUCUUCCACGGUCGCAUCACCUGCGCUGUCCCAUUCAGGAUGGCAGAUCAGAGGAGACUAGUAGCUCUGGGAUGCGCCGACGGUGUCUGGAUCGGUCUGCGCAACGAUCCGAGCUCCUUCCGCAAAGUGCUCCAUCUGAAACAUGUGACGCAGUGCGCAGUCAUGGAAGAAUUUGGCAUCUUCAUUGUGCUGGCAGACAAGAUCCUCAUCUCCUACAGCUUGGAAGCUCUGGUCCCUUCUUCUACUGGAGGCGCCAUCCAGCCAAGACCGCCGCAGAAAUUGAGUGGCAAUCGAGGCGUCCUCUUCUUUGGCGUUGGUGUACUGAAAGACCGUACGCUGCUGGUCUACAUGAAGAAGAAGGCCAACGAGAGUGUCUUCAAAGCACUCGAGCCGGUCAUCAACCAACCCAUGGCGGCGACGGGCAAGUCCAGCGGCGGGCUGUUUACAAAGAUCAAGAAUGACAUGAGCAAGAAUGCAGAUUGGUUCCGCAUGUACAAAGUGAGUAAGCGAUGUAGUGAAUGGCCUCAUUGGCAACGGAUUUUGACAAAUUGAUCCGAUGUUCUUCUCUUUCCCGCUACAGGUCUUCUUUAUCCCAUCGGAAGCG